GCUCGGUUUCUCAUACACUCACUAUUAGUACAUUCAAGAGCUAGACAGGAGCUUGAGCUCGACCAGGAUGAAGAAUCUUGGCUUUGUCUUGUCUAUUGCUGUCUUUGCACUGGCACUUUUCCCUGCCUCAGCAUAUGAUCCGGACCCUCUUCAGGAUUUCUGUGUUGCAAUCAACGAACCAAAAGAUGCAGUGUUUGUGAAUGGGAGGUUCUGCAAGAGCCCAAAGCUGGCUAACCCGAACGACUUCUUCUUCUCGGGGCUCAAUAUCCCUGGAAACACAUCAAACCAGGUGGGCUCCGCAGUCACUGCAGUGACUGUGGACCAACUCCCAGGGCUCAAUACUAUGGGAAUCUCAUUGGCCCGAAUCGACUUCGCGAUCAAUGGCUUGAACCCACCCCACACUCAUCCUCGUGCGAGUGAGAUCUUAGUUGUCCUGGAAGGCACCCUCUAUGUGGGGUUCGUGAACUCAAAUCCUGAGAACAGUCUCUUCGCCAAAGUACUUAACCCAGGAGAUGUCUAUGUUUUCCCAAAGGGGAUGAUCCACUUCCAACUCAACGUUGGGAAGACCAAAGCAGUUGCAGUAGCUGGCCUCAGCAGUCAGAACCCAGGGGUCAUUACUAUUGCUAAUGCACUAUUCAACACGAACCCACCUAUUAAUCCCGAGGUUCUUGCAAUAGCAUUCCAGCUUGAUGAGCACUUGGUGCAGGUACUUCAGAAGAAAUUCUGGUACUAUAAUAGUAAGAAUGCAGCCUGAGGGACUUGGCUGGAAAGAGACGAUAAUAAUCUGGUGAAAAAGGACUCAUUGUAUGUUGUCCAGCUAAUUUAGUAAAAGUUUGUCAGCUUAUGCUGUUGGGUGUGUUUUCCUGCUGCCUGCUGUUAAGUGCCGUUGUAAAGAUAUUUAAGAGUAAUAAGAAUGUCGAAGUAUGAUAAAAUGCUGCAAUCAUAUCCGAAUUUAUGAGAAAG